GUUAUACUCGCAGUUCGCCGCAGUUUGCCGUCCGAAACGUGUCGACUCGCAUUGAAAUCGACUCUGAUUUAAUUUCUCCCCAACGUCUUAUCAUUGUUAAUCAUAUCAGUGUAAAUAAUCGCAACCUGGCAACCAAGUCACACAGAUGGCAUCGUUCACGAAGCUGCAGAAGCUUGUCCUAGGUCUUGGUGCAGUCAGUGGGGCAGCUAUCUACUACAUAACUAACGUGUACGAGCCAGAAAAGAAAGAAUUCUUAGACAACAAGAAGGUGCACGCGUCAUGGACAACGAAUUAUGUACCGUCAACGAAAUGGGAUGAUAACUGGGACCAUCGGCAACCUACCAGUUUGGUGAAACCUCCACGAAAUGGUGACACCAACGAAAUUUCCAAUGAAAAAUUAGAAGAGGUGAAGUCACGUUUCACUCGGCAUAUUAUUCUUGUGAGGCAUGGUCAAUACAACUUGGAUGGAGUCAAUGACGAGGAGAGAUUCCUCACUAAGUUGGGUGUUCAACAAGCUGAGUCCACUGGUGUCAGGCUGAAGCAGCUAAGUUUGCCUUACACAGAUAUGGUGAGGUCUACUAUGACUAGGGCUCAACAGACAGGGGAAUUGAUAUCAAAUAGUCUUCCUGAUAUCCCAGUUAGAAAUUGUGAUCUGAUUCGUGAGGGUGCUCCAGUGCCACCAGAGCCACCAGUGGGUCAUUGGAGGCCUGAACCUCAUCAGUUUUUUAAGGACGGUGCAAGGAUCGAGGCUGCUUUCCGCGAGUACUUCUAUCGCGCCCCUCCGGAGCAGGUGAAGGACACGUACACGAUUCUUGUUUGCCAUGCGAAUGUCAUCAGAUAUUUCGUCUGCAGGGCUUUGCAAUUUCCACCUGAAGCCUGGCUGCGAUUAUCCCUAAACCACGCAAGUAUUACCUGGCUAUCAAUUACACCAAGUGGACGCGUUAUUCUUCGCAAUCUAGGCGAUUCCGGCCAUAUGCCUCCAAGCUUAAUCACCAGCAGAUAAAAUCUCAGUCGAUGAAUAUUUAAUACGUAAAAACUAUGAAAUUAAUUCCGUAUCAUUUUGUUAUAAAUUAAUUAAAAAUUGUGUGUUUAUGCUCAAAAUAUCAUGCCAAAUCGUUUAUUUAUGUUUUUAACAUGUGAGAACUACAAUAAAACAGUUAAUAAUGCCAUUAA